AUGAUUCUCAUCGACAACAAAACCGAUUCGACUGAAAUCCAACCUCAAACAGAAUCACUAUCACAGUCCGAUUCCUAUGCCGAUGGAUCUGAACCAGCUGCUUCCUCAGUGAUACUAGAUAUUCCCGCCUCCGAUAGUCACGAAUAUCUGCCAGAAGCUGCUAUGCGACCGCCACCAAAUUAUUCUCCAACUGCCGUAAGUCCUGGGGGGAGCGCAAGAAUGUUUGUUACCAAUGGAAGACCAGGUUCGGUUAUAGACUUGAUAGAUUCUUCUGCCUCUGGUAUUUCUUAUCCAACAGAAAAAGCCCGUCUUCCCGAGUAUAGUGAGACUGUUGUGACGGAAGCUACGAUUCGAAGCGAUGGGCGCAUUCAAGCUUCGUUUGCAUCGUCUCAAGGGUUCCCAGAGGGAUAUGCACCUCCAAUAUGA